AUGGGGGCAAUUAAGGUAGCAAUUGGUGAUGCGAUACUGACGUGCAUGUGGGUUUUUUGCGCAUCGUCGCUGGGUGCACUCACUUUCGUUGUGGCUUCUGCUCUUGGGGUGACCCAAGGCCUGCCCACGCUUUUGAUCACCACUUUUCUCAUUUUUGUUCUUUUGUUUGUAUUUGGCUUCAUUGGUGAUGCAUUGGGAGGCGCCACCUUCAAUCCCACCGGCCCCGCCGCCUUUUAUGCUGCCGGCGUUGGAGGCGCUGAAUCUCUUGUCACCGCCGCCGUCCGCUUUCCCGCUCAGGAUUCCAUUAGUAACAAAGAUUCAGAAUAUCAGACAUUGAUCAAUCAGAGUGAGAUUUAA